AACAACGGUUGGAUGAUGCACCUACUUUUUAUAAGUACAAAAAGAACAUUUAAUUUCUCCUUUCUUCUUUUGAUCUGUAACAAUAGUGCCUGCUUGGUUGGUUUGCUUCUGUCAUAUGCCCUCCUUUUCUUCAUUCUGAGACACACAGCUUGCCUGUCUCCCACAGAUGAACCUACAGUGAGAACUUUUACUCCAUUUUAUUUCCUAGUAGAACCAGUGGACACUCUGUCAGUUAGAGCUUCUUCUGUUAUACUGAACUGUUCAGCAUAUUGUGAAUCACCUCCAAAAAUCGAAUGGAGAAAGGAUGGGACUUUCUUGAACUUGGUAUCAGAUGACCGCCGGCAAUUGCUACCAGAUGGAUCUUUGUUAAUCAACAGCAUUGUCCAUUCCAAGCACAAUAAACCCGAUGAAGGUCAUUACCAGUGUGUGGCAACCGUGGAGAGUCUUGGCACCAUCGUAAGCAGGACAGCUAAGCUUACAGUUGCAGGGCUUCCAAGAUUCAUUACUCAGCCAGAGUCGGCAUCUGUUCAUAGGGGAAACCCCAUAGUUCUUAACUGUGAAGUUAAUGCUGACCUAGCACCGUUCGUCAGGUGGGAGCUGGAUCAUCAGCCCCUCUUUCUGGACAAUCGUGUCCUCAAGUUGCCAAGUGGAACUUUAAUUGUCAGCAAUGCUACAGACGAAGACGCUGGAACUUACUGUUGUGUUAUCGAAAUUGGGGGGCCUCCCAAAUACAGCGACGAAGCAGAGAUUAAAGUUCUUCCAGAAUCGAACCUUUCUUCAGGCUUGCUCUUCCUGAAACAGCCCUUUUCCCUUACCAAAGUGACUGGGCAGAGUGCAGUUUUACCAUGUGUUGCUUCAGGCAUUCCUGUCCCUCCAAUCCGAUGGACAAGAAAAGAAGAAGAGCUUGUUACUGAAAAUUCUCACAAAUUUCUGUUCCUGUCUGGGGGAACUCUGAAGAUAAAUGAUAUCACCGAAGAUGAUUCAGGAACAUAUACUUGCAUCGCAGAUAAUGGGAAUGAAACUAUUGAAGCUCGAGCUGAUCUUACUGUGCAGGUGCCUCCCACGUUUAUGAAGCAGCCGGCUAAUAUUUAUGCACACGAAUCCAUGGAUAUUGUGUUUGAAUGCGACGUGAGCGGAAAGCCAACUCCAACGGUCAAGUGGGUAAAGAACGGAGAUGUGGUCAUCCCUAGUGACUACUUUAAAAUUGUAAAUGAGCACAACCUACAAGUUUUGGGUUUGGUGAAAUCAGAUGAAGGCUUUUAUCAGUGUAUUGCGGAAAAUGAUGUGGGAAAUAUACAGUCUGGAGCCCAGCUGAUAAUACUGGAUCAUGAUGUUGCCAUCCCAACAUUACCUCCCACUUCACUGACCAGUGCCACUACUGACCAUCUAGCACCAGCUACAACUGGACCUUUGCCUUCUGCUCCUCGAGAUGUGGUGGCGUCUCUUGUAUCUACUCGUUUCAUCAAGCUAACAUGGAGGACCCCUGCAUCUGACCCACAGGGAGACAAUCUUACCUACUCAGUGUUCUACACCAAGGAAUUGAGUAACAGGGAGCGUGUUGAAAACACAAGUCAUCCUGGAGAAAUGCAAGUGACAAUCCAAAACCUGAUGCCUGAAGCAGUAUAUAUUUUCAGAGUGGUGGCCCAAAACAAACAUGGACCUGGGGAGAGUUCAGUACCAUUGAAAGUAGCCACACAACCUGAAGUUCAGCUUCCAGGUCCAGCCCCCAACAUUCGUGCCUAUGCCAUCUCUCCCACAUCGAUAACUGUUACUUGGGGUACACCCUUAUCGGGCAAUGGCGAGAUCCAGAACUACAAACUGUAUUACAUGGAGAAGGGAAUGGAGAACGAACAGGACAUUGAUGUUGGAGGUCUUUCCUAUACAAUAAUUGGUUUGAAAAAAUAUACAGAGUAUAGCUUCAGAGUUGUGGCCUACAAUAAACAUGGUCCAGGAGUCUCUACUCAAGACGUUGUCAUUCGUACACUGUCAGAUGUUCCCAGUGCUGCACCCCAGAAUCUAACACUAGAAGUGCAAAACUCCAAGAGCAUUGUGAUGCAUUGGCAGCCUCCUCCCACAGGAACACAUAAUGGGCAAAUUACUGGCUAUAAGAUUCGAUACCGAAAAGUGAUUCGCAAAAGUGAUGUCACUGAAAUCAUUGUGGGGACACAACUUUCACAGCUCAUUGAAGCUUUGGAACGAGGGACCGAGUACAGCUUCCGAGUGGCUGCUUUAACAGUCAAUGGCACAGGAAUAGCUACGGACUGGAUAUCAGCAGAAACAUUUGAGAGUGACCUUGAUGAAACUCGUGUUCCAGAAGUGCCAAGUUCAUUGCACGUCCGUCCACUUGUAACCAGUAUUGUUGUCAGCUGGACCCCACCGGAAAACCAGAACAUUGUGGUCAGAGGUUAUGCCAUAGGGUAUGGCGUAGGCAGUCCCCACGCUCAGACCAUCAAGGUGGAUUAUAAGCAACGAUACUACACUAUUGAAAAUUUGGAUCCCAGUUCCCAUUAUGUUAUAACUUUGAAAGCAUAUAACAACGUUGGUGAAGGGAUCCCUCUUUAUGAGAGUGCAGUGACAAGAGCCUAUACAGUGCCAGACCCCUCCCCCAUGAUGCCACCUGUGGGAGUUCAGGCUUCCAUCCUGACCCAUGACACCAUUCGUAUCACCUGGGCAGACAACUCUCUGCCGAAGAACCAGAAGGUUUCAGAUGCCCGUUACUACACAGUCCGAUGGAAAACCAACAUUCCUGCAAACACAAAGUACAAGACAGCAAAUACAACUACCUUAAGCUUCUUGGUCACUGGUUUAAAACCAAACACAUUGUAUGAGUUCUCUGUCAUGGUGACAAAAGGCCGAAGAUCAAGCACCUGGAGCAUGACAGCACAUGGCACUACUUUUGAGCAAGUUCCAACUUCUCCACCAAAAGAUGUAACAGUGGUCAGCAAAGAAGGAAAGCCCAGAACUAUAAUUGUCAACUGGCAACCUCCAUCUGAAGCCAAUGGCAAAAUUACAGGAUACAUAAUAUACUAUAACACCGAUGUCAAUGCUGAAAUACAUGACUGGGUCAUUGAACCUGUAGUAGGCAAUAGACUGACCCACCAGAUUCAAGAGCUGACCCUUGACACAGCGUAUUAUUUCAAGAUCCAAGCCCGGAACUCCAAAGGCAUGGGGCCCAUGUCAGAGGCUGUACAGUUCAGGACACCUAAAGCAUUGGGAUCUACAGGAAAAGGAAAUCGACCAUUGGAUGUUGGAACAGAUUAUAAAACACCCCUCAGUGGAAGCAACAGCCCUCAUGGCAGCCCCUCCCCACUAGAAUACAAUAUGCUCCUGAUCAUAAUUGUGUCUGUGGGAGUGAUCACCAUUGUGGUUGUGGUGAUUGUUGCUGUAUUUUGCACUCGAAGGACCACCUCUCACCAGAAGAAAAAACGAGCUGCUUGUAAAUCCGUGAAUGGGUCUCAUAAAUACAAAGGCAAUUCCAAAGACGUCAAGCCACCGGAUCUUUGGAUCCAUCAUGAGAGGCUGGAGCUGAAGCCUAUUGACAAAUCUCCAGAUCCCAAUCCAAUCAUGACUGACACCCCAAUCCCUCGUAAUUCCCAAGACAUCACCCCUGUUGACAAUUCUAUGGACAGCAAUAUUCAUCAGAGACGCAACUCCUACAGAGGGCACGAGUCCGAGGACAGCAUGUCCACCCUGGCAGGAAGAAGAGGGAUGCGACCAAAGAUGAUGAUGCCGUUUGAUUCUCAACCUCCUCAGCCUGUGGUUAGUGCUCAUCCCAUCCAUUCCCUUGAUAACCCUCACCAUCAUUUCCACUCCGGCAACCUCGCUUCUCCAACCUGCAACUAUCUCCAUCAUCAGGCAAACCUAUGGCCAGUUGGCACAUCUGUGUCCCAUUCAGACAGGGCUAAUUCCACAGAAUCUGUUCGAAACACACCUAGCACCGAUACCAUGCCAGCGUCUUUGUCUCAGACAUGUUGUGCCGAUCACCAAGAGCCAGAAAGUGCUUCAGCAUCCUACCUGCCCAGUACCCAGGAAGAGGAGACAAGCCAGAACCUGCCCACUGCCCAUGUCCGUCCCUCUCAUCCUCUGAAGAGCUUUGCUGUGCCAGCCGUCCCGCCCACUGGCAGCACUUACGACCCUGCCUUGCCAAGCACACCUUUAUUAUCACAGCAAGCUUCUAGCCAUCCAGUUCAUUCAGUGAAGACAGCAUCAAUUGGAACUCUAGGAAGGACUCGGCCUCCAAUGCCAGUCGUGGUCCCAAGUGCCCCUGAAGUGCAGGAAACCACAAGGAUGCUUGAAGACACAGAAAGUAAUUACGAACCGGAUGAACUCACCAAAGAGAUGGCCCACCUGGAAGGACUCAUGAAGGACCUUAACGCCAUCACCACUGCGUGAUCGCCUUCCCCAAGGAAUGACUCCAAACCCCCAGGCCUUGGGACUUCGCCUUGGAGCACAAGGAAAUGUAUAAAGACUAGGGGACAGCACAGAAGGAGACCUGCCCCACCGGCUGCAGCACCCUCGGGGGGGGGGUGUCCCCCUUCUGGUUAACCAAGUGGCUCUUCGAGUUCAUUGGCCUGGAACGGAACAACCUCUCUGAAGGUUGUUGGGGAUUUCCGCUUCUCGCUGCGGUGCUGAUGCUGACAUGAACCAGGAGUGGGGCGACGUCUCAGGGGAUGAAAACCAGCAUCCAGGCAAAAGUUAGCGUUCAUCGGAGGCAGCUUUUGUCUCGCUGCUGCGACCUUCCCUGCUUUUUCAGUGUUGGACGUUCACAUUUAUGUACAAUUUUUAUUUGUGUGUUUUUAUUUUAUUGUAUCUUUUUUUUUUAUUAAAAAGUGUAACCUGACAGAAAAAAAAGAAAAGAAAAGAAAUUUGUGUUGUUUCCCCCCAAAGUCCAGACGGACAUCCGAUUGCUUGUUCUAUUGUGUAUGCGGGAAUUCAUUGCCAGUGUGGAUUUGUUUGUUUGGAUUUCUUUUCUCUCUCUCUUUUUUUUUAAAGCGUGUAUAAUCCUGUCACCUUCCAGCAGUUGUAAUCCAUGGCCUUGGGGUAUGCUGCAUUGAUUUUUGUAAGCUCUUUUUAUUUUUAUAUUAUAAUAAUUCAAAAAGCCUGAUCCUUUCUCAUCACUGUGAGGUUAACUAUCUGUUUGGAUUGAAAUGUAACACGGAGCAAACUGUUUUUUGUUUUUCUGCUUUUGAGCGUUUUCAGUGCAGGAGUAGAAUAAGUAAGCCUUGGGCUGGGAGCCACGAGCUUCAUUGUUUACAGGGGACAAUGCAACGCAACACAACGUUAUCCGUCAGACUCGUUUAAGCCAUCCCCUGCAAUAGGCCCAGUUGUGACUUAUAAUAAAUUAUUGUUACGAGUAAUUUCCCCGAUCGCAGUGACUUGGAAAAAGUAACACAGUAUUCUGAAGGAUGGCUGCGAUGUAACUCUUAUCUGCAGUUAUUCACUUUUGUCAUUACCUCUGUCCGUCCAAGGCCUUACCAAAAGAGAAAGUGAGCUGCACACCUGUGGCUCCGAAGAUACCAUAUCAACCAGGCCCGGUUCAUCAAAGGGAAUUGUAAAAAAUAAGAAUGAAGACUUAAAAGUUGUCGUCUCCUUUGUAAAUUCAUCCUUUAGUCCACGGGUGUCCAACCUUGGCGACUUUAAGACUUGUGGACUUCAACUCCCAGAAUUCCCCAGCCAGGGUGGCUGGGGAAUUCUGGGAGUUGAAGUCCACAAGCCUUAAAAGUCCUCAUGGUUGGACACACCUGCUUUAAUCUGUUUCUUGCCAAUUGUAAAGGGAAUUGCAUUCAACAAAACCCUCUCAUAAAUGUUGGGUCCUUUAAACUCAGAUACCACAAUGUAUCUUAGCAACACAGCUCUUAUUGUUUGAAUGUUUGAUUUCAAGAGUUGUGUCCUUCCGGAUAUUUGCGUUGAAGUGGGAGUUCCAGAUACUUUAGCAUACAAAGAUCAGACACAAGCUAUGGCUCACACUUGGCUUAUACUUGAUCAUUGUAUGCUUAAGUAUUUGGAAUAAGACUCUUAUGUAGCUGUAGAUCAUCUUCAAGGUUUGAUUGUGUUGUACUACAAUCAAAACAAAUUAACUUUGCAGGAGAGAGGGGGGGAAAUGUAGGUGUGUAUGUUUGUGACUCAGGUGCUGCCCGAGCCGGUAGAAGAAAGGAGUGGGUUGGGAGAGAUAAAUAAAUUCCUAAUAAACUGGUAAAAUUGCAUUUUCUCUUUGUGUUUGCUGCCCAUAAUCAUACUGUUCUCUGCCAUCUUCUAUGAUAAACAUGCUAAAAAAGUAAUAUUUUUUUUUUUAAAAAAAACAGCAUUGGGUAUCUCAUGCUAGCUUAAAAAGAGAUUGAAAAAUGGGAGGCUUUGGUUUUCUUUUUAUUGCAACCAACAUAAUUGGUCCAAGUGAUAUUGGAGCCAUGGUGGUGCAGUGAUUAGAGUGCAGCAUUGCAGCCUAAUUCUGUCUACUGCGAGCAGUUCGAUCCUGACCGGCUCCAGGUUGACUCAGCCUUCCGUCCUUCCAAGGUCGGUAAAAUGAGAAUCCAGAUUGUUGGGGGGCAAGAGGCUGACACUGUAAACCACUUAGGACUGUAAAGCACUAUGAAGCAGUAUGCAAGUCUAAGUGCUAUUGCUGUUGUUCCAAGUCCAGUGAUAACAAGAUUUUGAUAGGAUGGCAUCAGUUAGAGAUUUUGUAAGUUAUUUUAACUUCCUAUAUGAUCAAAGCUUAGGUUGCAUGUUGCUAGCAAUUCAAGUUGGCUUAUGUUAUCUCCAAUUGUACAGAGAAGAAUUUAUUUUUAGGAGCAGGUAAGAAGAGAGCUACAUCACCCUUCCUCCGUCUCUCUGUCCAUCCCAUUUAUCAUUUUUUUCCACGCUUUUUUCCUUCCUUCCCUUCCAGCUCAGCCUUUGUUUGCACCCAUGAGCUGAAACUAAUUCAUUCUGAUUAGCCCCUGUCUAGCAUGAGCGUUAAGAACUGCCACGCUGAAUCCAAACAAGCCAUCUAUUUUUUAAAAGAAUGUUUUUGCAAUUAUAUAAUAAGAAGUGCCAUGAAAACUCAAAGUAAACCACCUUAGUGCUCUGUCUUCCAACAGUAACCCUCAGAGGCAAUUCAUGCUGUUUACGGUUAGGGUGUAAAUUUCUGUCCACUAUGUCUUUUCAGUCUAGUGCGUUAAUGUGAUCCUCCUAUUUGCUUGGAGGUGGAGCAAUUAAUACAUUUUUUAAAAAAGGUGAGCAGUUUUUAGUUAAAUCCAAGGAGUGGAAAGAUUCACACCUUGACCUCCAUCUAGAUGUCUUCUGUAUGCAUUUUUGGAGGUUGGAGAGAGUUUCCGUAUUAGAAGGGAAGUCUCCCCCCCACUUUCCCCAACCUCAUAAACUCAGAAGCAUCUUUUUAAAGACUCUCUUUUGCCUCAUUAGAAGAUGUUAAAAGAGGACGUUAAAAACACCCAAAUGUGUACAGAUGUUGAACUUUUCCGAAUCGAACCGUAGGGCGUGACCUGAAGUUGUGUGUCCAUCAGGGUGAGUGACAGUAAUUGGCUCCGCCCUUUGGUGGAAAGGCAAGA